GCAAAGUUGGGGCGGGUGAGCGACACCGGAGGCCGCACCGCGGAGCCAUGAAAAAGGCGUUGGGAAAUGCCAUUGGAUUUCUGGGACGCAUGUCGUCCCAGUUCACCCUGAUCAUUGGCGUCGUCUAUUUAUAUUAUCACCACCCGAAGCUGAACCUGAAGUAUGAAUCCUGCAGCUUCGAGGAUGAACCAGGAGCCAAAUGGGUGGAUUGCAAUCAAGAAUGGGCCUCCAAUUUUGGUUUGCCGGCGCUGCCCAACAUGACGACGUUGUUCGUGGGCCUCUUUGGUAUUUUCAUGUACCGACCAGUGCUGCUACAGGUCCAAGGUUUCCCAAAGAACUUCGUGCAGUAUGGGAUUUUCCUCUUCGUCCAGGGUUUCUUCGCGAACUUUGGCUACUGCGGCAAGUUGGGAGUCGUGAACGGUUUCUUCUCCAUCUUUGUGGCCGUCCUCGCAUUCAUUGCUCAAGUCACAGGAUUGGAGGCAGACCGUAUGUUGAAGAUCAAGGGGCACAAGGUGGUGGACUGUGUGGCGGAUGAGCAAGAUGUUUCCAGGUCCUUGUCUGAGGCUGCAAUCAAGGAUUACUAUCCUUGGACCAUCAUGUCUGUGUUCUUCUGCCCAAUACUGGGUGGCAUGGGUGUCUACGAAUCCUACCAGGUCAAGAACCUGAAGAAGGCCAAAGAGCUGGAUGGUGCUCGCUUAGCUUCUCAAAACGCCGCCAAGUGGGGCUUGUGGGCCAUUAUGGUGGGAAUGGUCUUGAUCGGCUCGUUAACCAUCAUUGGUGUGACCAAUCUUCCACCUGCCGUCGUUGCAUCUGCAGAUGAUGACGACGAAGACCAGUACGGCUACGGCGACGACGACGACGGCGACGGUGACGACGCCGACGGCGACGCCGACGGCGACGGCGAUGCGGAUGAUGCCGCUGAUACCGAAAGGCGUUUGCGGGAGUUCCUGGGCGCUAAGACAGUGAUGGCCGCAGAUGUCUUCGGGCAAUGAGAGAGGUUGCAGUGCUGUGCACUGCGGCACGGAAAAUCGUGCCGGAAAUAGAGGACUUGGCCCAGCAACAUGGGGAC